GGAAAAAAAAUUAUAGAGACAAGAAUAAAGUGAGUUUAAAAAGCCUAUGAACAAAACCAUCCAAUAAUUAAACUAUAAUCAAAAAGAUUCUGUUUCUAUUAUUCCCCAAUUCCCACAAAUAAGACAAAGCCACGUCAACACAGCGGUACAUAACUGUCACGUGUCGGUUUCGUGUAUUCUCGAUGAGCCAGCAUAUGCCUCGUUUCGCAGGAAGCAUCCGGUAAACGGUCAUCAUCUCCACCACUCUCAUACUACUCAAAAACCCUGUGAUAUAUAAUUAUCACAUUUUCUUCUAUAAAUUCCGAUUUCUGAUCUUUGCCCUCUUUUCAUAAGAUAGUUAGGGUUUUAGUCUUUUGUGUAAUAAUUCAUUGAUCAUGAACAAGGGAGAAGAAGGAGGAGAAGACAAGGAAGUGGUUUCUCUUCAAACUCUGAGUAAGAAAAUGGAUGAUUUUGCAAAAGCUAGAGAUUGGGAGAAGUAUCACAGUCCAAGGAAUCUCCUUCUUGCUAUGGUGGGUGAAGUGGGAGAGCUAUCAGAGAUAUUCCAAUGGAAAGGAGAAGUAGCAAGAGGAUGUCCAGAUUGGAAAGAAGAAGAGAAAGUCCAUCUUGGAGAAGAGUUAUCAGAUGUUUUGUUGUAUUUGGUGAGGCUUUCGGAUGCGUGUGGUGUCGAUUUAGGCAAAGCCGCUCUGCGCAAGAUCGAGCUUAAUGCUAUUAAGUAUCCAGUUCCCAAAAAGACUGAUGAUCAUUGUGUUGGUGAUGGUGAAGAUUCAAGCAGCAAGAUUAAGUUGAAUGAAGAAAACUAAUCUCUCUUAUUAGUGGUUUUGUGAGUAAGUUUAUUGUGGGUAUUUUCUUGUUAUGAAGUAGGAGCAUGAUCAAGAACAUAUAAUCUUCGAAGGCCUCUAAUUAUAUUUCAGAUGAAUCUACUUAGUACCACUUUUGCAA